GCGCCGCCUGCGCCUGAAACUUUGGACUCACUUGAAAAUAGUCUCGAGUAACUUUGGCCUACAAAUUCUGCAGAAAUGGACGGAGCAAGAGUGAUUGCAGAGGCUCUUAAAGCCCAGGAUGUUGAGUAUGUCUUUGGCAUUGUUGGAUUUCCCGUCAUAGAGGUUGGAAUGGCCAUCCAGGCAGCAGGGAUCAACUACAUUGGAAUGAGGAACGAGCAAGCGGCAUCCUAUGCUGCUGGUGCUAUCGGAUAUCUCACUGGAAGACCAGGCGUAUGCUUGGUGGUGUCUGGUCCCGGAAUGCUGAACACCAUCUCGGGAAUGGCAAAUGCAACCGUUAACUGUUGGCCUAUGAUUGUGAUUGGAGGAUCGAGUGAUGUUGAUCAGGAGUCCAUGGGAGCAUUCCAGGAAUACCCUCAGGUUGAAAGUGCUAGGCUAUGUGCCAAGUACACAGCUCGUGCAAGCAGCAUUGGACAGAUUCCCUUCUACAUUGAAAAGGCUGUGCGCAUGAGCAUGUACGGAAGGCCUGGGGCUUGCUACAUUGAUAUCAGCGGAGAGAUGGUCAACAAAACAGUUCCUGAAGAAUCCAUCAGAAUUAUGCCUAAGGUGCAGCCACCCCCACCGAUGUUUGCAUCACCGGAUCUUGUUGAGGAGGCCGUCCGGCUCCUGAUGUCAGCCAAGAAACCCCUCAUCGUUGUUGGCAAAGGAGCAGCCUAUGCCAGGGCAGAGAGGAACGCUCGCGAGUUGGUCAACAGGUAUGGUUUUCCCUUCAUUCCGUCUCCGAUGGGCAAAGGCGUGGUUGAGGACGACCAUCCGCAGUGUGUCAUCGCUGCUCGCUCCAGGGCAUUACUCCAGGCUGAUGUCAUUGUGCUCCUCGGAGCACGUCUCAACUGGAUUCUUCAUUUUGGACUACCUCCAAGAUUCAAUCCUGAUGUUAAAUUUAUUCAGGUUGAUAUUUGUCCAGAGGAGCUUGGCAACAACAUUGGGACGGAGAGAUUGCUGGGGGUGGCAGGGGACCUCAACUCGGUCACUAAGCAGAUGUUGGAGACCUUCAAGUCUUGCAGUCCCAAUUGGCAGUAUCCUAGCGACACACCGUGGUGGCAGAAUCUCCGUAGCAAAGUGUCGGCCAAUCAGAAGGCUAGCCAGGAACUUAGCGCUGACCAAUCGGUACCCAUGAGCUUCUACUGUGCACUGGACAAGGUGCAAAAGCUAAUACCUCGUGACUCCAUCAUCAUCAGUGAGGGGUCAAAUACCAUGGAUAUUGGGAGAACAGUGCUUCUAAACCACUCCCCAAGACACAGGUUGGACGCUGCUACGUUUGGUACCAUGGGUGUUGGGUUAGGUUUCUCCAUUGCUGCUGCCCUGUUGGUCAAGGACAGGUGGCCCGGCAAGAGAGUGGUGUGUGUGGAAGGAGACAGUGCCUUUGGCUUCUCUGGGAUGGAGGUUGAGACAAUCUGCAGGUACAAUUUGCCCAUUCUGAUGAUUAUUGCAAACAACAAUGGCAUCGGAGUGGGAAUUGAUGCAGAGACGUUUCGGGAAAUCGAGGUCAAAGACAGAGGAAUCGACAUUCCGGCUACUGGGCUUAUGCCAGAUGCACGCUAUGAGAAGAUCAUGGAAGCAUUCGGUGGGAAGGGUUAUUUUGUCACAACCCCCUCCCAACUAGAGAAUGUUUUACAGGAGAGCCAGACCGCAUACGCUGACAAACCGGUGGUCAUUAAUGUGGCUGUGAGUCCCCAGUCCAUGAGGAAAAGCCAGGUAUGCUGAAACAUGCUUGGAAUCUUCCACCUAUACCAAGAGCUAGAUACAUUUUCCCCCGAUUCAUCUUGAAAUGCUCCCGAUCUUGUGGUGUAAUUUUUUUUUUUUUUUCUUUUUUCCCCCCUUCGUGGUGCAGGAGUUCGGCUGGCUGACACGAACUGAAAGCAAACUGUGAGUGCACUGUUGUCAGUCUUUGAAGCCAAGGCGUAGCCUCUACAGGGCUCUGUUCUGGGAUUAGUUCUAAAAACAAGUUUGUCUUCCAAUUCAAAGGAAAAAA